AUGGCUCAAACUUCCGAAAGCCAGGUGUUGAACCCGGAAAUUACCAUCGAUGAUUUUAUCAACCCACAUCCAUCACGCGAGAUCCUCCUUAGGAUGGUCAACCGGGAUGACGUCUCUACAGUGAGCGCAGUAGAGGAAAUCGUCGCUUUGACUAGAGCAGCUGGCCAGAAUGAUACGCUCUCUGGGCACGCGAAUAUCGUAACUGCCACUCUGAUUGCAUUAGCCAAGCGUAUACCAUAUGAUCAGCAAUCCAAGCUUGUUGAGUUUGCAGUUCGCCUAGCGCAGACAACCGUGCCUGACCCGACAGAGGGAGGGGUGCUUUGCUUCCAUAUCGGGAGUGGGAGGAUACCAUUUUGGUCGCGGAUGCCUCAAUUUUCAGAGCAUUUGUCUGAAGAAUGGCUGAGAAACUUCAGGGUUACUCAUGAUGACCGUUUGAGAAAUCUUGACUAUGCAAAUUUAGUAGCCUUCUAUGCUCAGCUCGCGGACAUCAAAUUCCAGGACCUUUCUUAUAACAGUUCUUGGGACAAUCCCCAAUUAAGACAACUGCAUAAUAACAAUGAGCUUACAAGGCAAGAUGUGCGGGUAGGCUGCAUGUGGUUUAUCCAUGCACCGAAGAAAGCUUGGUUGGAUAUCCAUAUCGUCAACGACGACGGGUCACACCCGGAGCUCUGGCGAAGGUGGAAGCAAUAUUUACAAGAUUAUCAAUUUUCGGAUGAUGGUUCAGAUGCAGAAUUUCAGAGGGUUGUUUGGUGUGCUUUGGAAAGCAUGGACAGGACUGAAGCUGAGCUGGAGAUAAACGGCUCUGCUCCCUUCGUAUGGCGGGAGUACGGGACAUGA